AAUGCUUAUUUUGCUUCCAAUUCCGAUCUCUGAAAAUUAUAGCUGACCCACAAUUUCACAUCUCUGUGACUCUCCUUCUCUUCUCUCCAUUUAUUUGCAAUCACUCUCUCUCAGUCAUAACUUCUCACCAUUACCUUGCCUUCACACCUUCUUCUUCUCUCUUCUGAGGAAUUCCCAGAAUGGGAAAAGAGGAUAGUUUCUUCUCUGUCCUGAGUUCUGACCAUUAAUUACAUUAUCACCUUCAAAUUCGAAACUUAACUAUAUUUCUUUAUCUCAUCUGAGGAAUUCCCGGCUAGCAAGAUCAACUUGUGAUGACCCAGAUGGAGAUUUCGAGCGAGAUUCCAUGGUCGACGGUUGGGGCGGUGAUAUCUUGGUACAGUUCAAACAUUGGUGUUCUUCUUUUCAACAAAUACUUGCUCAGCAAUUACGGGUUCGCGUACCCUGUUUUCCUCACUCUGUGUCACAUGACGGCGUGCUCGUUCUUCAGCUACGUUGCCGUUUACGUGAUGAACGUCGUACCGUUUCAGAGUAUAAAAUCGAGGAGCCAGUUGCUGAAAAUCUGUGGGCUGAGUGUCGUUUUCUGCUUCUCCAUCGUCUGCGGAAACAUCUCGCUCAAGUAUAUACCGGUGUCGUUUAACCAGGCGAUUGGAGCAACCACCCCAUUUUUCACUGCCGUUUUUGCUUACCUGGUGAACAGGAAAAGGGAAGCUUGGGUUACUUACGCCACUCUCGUGCCUGUCGUUGCAGGGGUCGUCAUAGCUACUGGGGGUGAACCAAGUUUCCAUCUUUUUGGAUUUCUGGUAUGCGUUUCAGCAACUGCCGCAAGAGCAUUUAAAUCUGUGCUGCAAGGCGUUUUGUUAUCUUCAGAGGGGGAAAAGAUGAAUUCCAUGAAUCUGCUGAUGUACAUGGCACCAAUGGCAACGGUGGUGUUACUUCCAGCAGCAUUGUUAAUGGAGAAAGAUGUGAUUUGGAUCGCGAUGAAUCUGGCCAGAAACGAUGUCAGAAUCGUCUGGCUUCUGCUCUUCAGUUCCUCCCUUGCUUAUUUUGUCAACUUGACUAAUUUCUUGGUCACCAAAUAUACCAGUGCCCUAACUCUUCAGGUUUUAGGGAAUGCAAAGGGGGCAGUGGCAGUGGUGGUGUCAAUAUUAAUAUUCAAGAAUCCAAUUUCAACAGUAGGAAUGUUGGGCUAUGCUCUCACUGUGAUUGGCGUUGUUCUUUACAGUGAAACCAAGAAGAGGUAUACCUGAAACUUGUGCCAUGGCAACAGAGGAGUUGUUGAUCCACUCCAAAAUACAGAGUACCCUCAAUUUUUCUUUAUGAGCAUAUAGCAGUCUUGUUAUAAAUAUUUUUUUGGUUAAAAUGUUUUUUAAGUUAUAAAUUAUCACUCCAUGACUCUCACCUUCCAA